UUUUCAGUAGUCAGUACAGCUCCGGCAGCGGACGGAAAUAACCGCGUCCUGGGCGUCGCGACGCCCGCGCUCGUGUCGAACACAGUGUGUGAUAGUAUGAGUGCGCGAUGCCUUAGGGUGGCCGUCAACUUGUGUAAACCCAAGUUUUUGAAGUUUUAAUUGGUGGCGCAGACAAAGCGAAAGAGUUUCCAUAAUUCAGUGAUCCUGAAUAAGUAAAGCUGUGGCAGAGUGUGUGCUCGUCGUGAGUAACUGUUCCCACCACCCCGUUACCCAGCAGCCGCCUUCGGAGACACAUUAAUGUUGGAACCGGUGCUGGGGCUGCUGCUGUGCGCAGUUUCGCGAUGUGGGAUCCAGUGGGAGCAUGUAUGUGAUAUCUCCGGCAGAUGAAGUAGUAUAUCUGUCAUAUGGUCGAGUCAUAUACAUCCCCUCGUCCCCACCCGCAAGCCGUGUGACCAAACCGAUUAGAACCUCCCUGUCGACCGGAAGUUACACGUCUUACCCCAGUGUCCCUUCAACGAGCACCAGUUCGACGAAGAGCCGCCAAUCGACAGCCAGCGAGCCAGUCUUCAGUCUCAACAAGCUAAAGCCCAGCAGUUCAUCCAAGUCCCUCAACCAGCCCUCCACUAGUCGCGAAAAGUCCCCCAAACCCCCGGUCAGACCGUCGAGAAAAAAGAAGCAGAAAGUCGAAGAGAAACCUUUCGCUCGAAAACAGUCCUUCUCGGACUUCCUGGCAAUCAGUCGGGACAAGUCGCCCAAACCCACCAGUCCGACGCCCGAAAAGUCCCCGAACCUAGCCUUCUUCCGGGGCAAGUCCCCCAGCCCGAAAACUCUAGGUCGCAACCGAACAACCCUAGAUUUCAGUACCCUUUUCUCUAGAGAGCCCAGUCCAGGCCACCUCUCGGUCAAAAGCCUCAACAACGUGGAUAACGGCUCCAAAUUGUCGGCGAAAAGAGUGACACCAGAAAAGUCGUCGCCCACCAAGAGAAGAACGUUUUUCGGAAGUGUUCGCAUCAAGAAGGUGCCCGAAGUCAUCGAGAAGAUGGCGGGGCACGAUUCGGCCUUGAAAGAUCUAAUGCAUCCCGGAUACAACGAACACCUCAAGACACACAACGGGGUCACGUUCAAACUAGUACGAACCGUAUCGGAUUUCACACAACAGUUGGGUCAGAUGUACGAACAGCAUGCCGAAGAAUUACAAAUGUUGGUCGCGAACUUCCGUAAAAGAAACGGCGAACUGAGGAAAGAAAGGCCGGCGUGUCCAAGUUCGUUGUUCCACACAUGGGAGACGCUGCUUCAAGAGGUGGAAAUUGAUUCUCAAGCUCUUGGCGAUAUCGCGUCGAUCUUGGGGAGGCAGGUGUCACGGCCGCUUCUAGAGAGGUCCUUCCACAGAAAGAUACAGUCCAGGAAAGUGUUCACACACCGGGAAAGCUAUGAGACGAUCAUAGCCAAGACGGAAGAAAAACUGGUUAAGUGCCGACAAGAAUACAAGAAUGCGUACUUGUCCUACCUCUCCGGGCCCACCACCGAGAGUCUCAGCUCGUACUUCAACACCCACAACGCGUACGUCCAGCAGCUGCACGCGACCAACGGCAUGUUGGAAGAAUACGGGAAGGAGACUCUGCCUUCGCUCCUGCAGGAGUUGGAAGAAAUUUAUACGGAUUUGUGUGCGGCGGUUUCGGAAGCUGUCCUUCAAGGCGCCGAAGUGGUUGGUUCUAGGGCAAUGGAACAGUGCAGGAGGUACGAAGGCCUCGUUUCGCAAUGCAAAUCCGUCUCAGGAUCGUCGGAUUUGGCCCACUUAUCGCGAUCUUUACCCACUCCUACAGGCCGUCCUCCCGUCCUUAAGAGGCCGUUCGUUCCACCUCAACCGCCUCCACCUCCGGAUCCCGUUGACGGCGAACCGCAGGACAUGCAAAACGAUAACAUCCCGCCGCCACUCAAGGACGAACUCGUGAUAGAUCGACUAUCAGCCGUUCAAGUCAAGCCUUCUCAUGACGUCUUGAGAAAGGAAGCGGCUGACUUGGAGGCGCAAAUCAGACAGAUUCAAGACGCCCUGGAAACUUUAGUGAGGAUCCAGCAACGAUCGGUCGAGGCGGCGCUCUACAAUAAAGCCAACGAACUCCAGGAGGACAUCUCGAUGAAGAGGUUCGAUCUGAGGGUGGCGCAGAUACACCUCAGCGCGAUUAAUGCUCAGAAAGAACUUUUCACCCAUAAACUCGAAGGCGAUACCGGUCGGGAAAGAAAAAUGUCUUCGGCGUCGACGGCAAGCAUGAAAAAUAAAUGGCUGAAAGCUUUUAAGAGUUUAAAAACUCCACCUCCAGAAAACACGGAGAAAAAAAACCAAAUGUACCAUGCAGUUUCUACGAUAAUUGCAAUGAGGAAAAACGGCUCCGCUGCCACCAGGGAGCUGCUGAAAGGAGACCCAGAUGCUCAUAACUUUCAAGAGUAUACAUACAAGAAAAUUACGCCCUGCGAUGUAUGCUCGCAAGUGUUAAGGGGGCACACGAGACAGGGUUUGAAAUGUAGAAUAUGCAAGAUGAACGUCCACCUCGACUGUCAGGACAAAGCAUCCAAGUGUCAAACGAAAGCCAGGCUGUUGAGGAGGCAAAAGUCGACGUCUGAAAUCGAGACCCGUAUCCAGGACGGUGCCGGCGAAGACGAAAAGAGUCCGGAAGUGGAUCAAAUAUACCAAGUGUUGAAGCAGGCGACGGAAAUUUCGAAUAGCAAGCCACGCGUUAACGUGGAGCCCGCUCCACCCGGUAUAACGGUGGACAGAUCCGCCAGCUCGAAUCCGGGGAGUUCGGGCAGCUCCGGGCAAAGCCUUAACCGUAGGCCGGGCCCUCCGACUCAGCCUUCUAGGGCUAUCGGCUCCAGCUUAGCCGUUAUCAAUCCUGCUCCUUGCUCCACUAGCUCAGCUCCCCAUUCGCCACGCCGCCAAAAAUUGAACUUGAGAAUGAAGAGUUUGUCCUUGGAUUCCCCCGAGAGCACCGAACACGUUCAAAGGAGAAAACACCACGGGGCGAACGUGGCGAGCGACCCUCACUCUAAUCAGAGCUCAUCGUCGAGAAUCCAGUCUCCUUCGAGUCCGGUCCACAACCGUCGACUGCUCUCAGCGAAGAACAUCCGCAUGUCUUCUGUAGAACUCCCCGACGAGAACGACAAGAGUCCUUCUUCUGCGAGUACUUCGCCCUGUCCGAGUCCGGUGGGCGGAAAAAAGUCUCAUCGUCUGUUGCCCACGAACUUGUACGUGGUGCUUUACAACUUCAAGUCUCGACAUCAAGACGAACUUGACCUGAAGGCUGGUUACAAAGUCACUGUAAUUGACACUUCGGAUCCGGAUUGGUGGAAGGGGAAAUGCCUUGGAAGGGUUGGCUUCUUCCCGUCUAAGUACGUCUCGAAAUUAUCACCGGGGGAGAAACCGCUGCAGGUGACCCACAACCUUCAAGUAUCAGACGGUGACAACGGCCUGAUGCUGUUAAGGGACCAAAUAGUAAUUCAAAUAGGUGAAGAACUGGAUGGUAUGGUGAUGAUCCGUUCCGGUGACAACCGUCAAGGCGUCUGCCCCGUCAAGUUCCUCCAAGAAGUGUGACAUCGUAGCGAAGUAGCCUGUCAAGCCACCUACACUUGCAACUGUCAGUCAAAACCUCCCGCCGCCAACACCCUAAAAAAGAUCUACUAUCCUAACCCCGCAAAAAUCAUGAUUCAGAACAACAUCCUCCUGACCAAGCAAAACAACAAAAAGAACAUCAACGCCGGAAGCAUCUUACAAUACUACUACAACAACUUCAACAAGAACACGUCGAAACAAACAAAUGUGUACAAUAACAACGUCUUGCAGAGGCGUCGAAACGAGUUGGCUUUUCUCCACGGCAAGGCUCCCUUUUCCUCGACGAAGCGUCCUUUGUCGAUCCGGUUAUCCACACCUAAACACAUGGUGAACUUCUUCAGUAAGUCCUUUCGUUCCGAUUCCCAGAAGCGUCCGCUUUUGCUGCAGAACACCAAUUCUUACCCCGUCAACCCUAAUUUCAAGAUAAUACCUAAUAAGAACGGUCUUAAGAUUUCGUCGAUAUACACCAUCAGCGACAAUGUCGACAAGUUUAAUUUGUACCGAAAAAAUUUGUACAUCUCAUCGAAUAGUAGGCCUCUUUUUGUGAGAAAGUGAGGGAGUAGUUUCACCUAUUUUUGUAAAUGUUACCUUUAAAUACAUGUGAUCAAAAUAUAUCAGCACGUCCUCGUAAUCUUAUGAGCACUUUACCGAGUUUCUUUCCCCAGUGAUAAGGUGCGGAUUAUCGGGUUAUUU